AUGUUACCUUGUCAACUUUUGCUGCAAAUGUCCGAUGUUGACGAUCUUCGUUCGACCAGCAUCAUAUGUUGUGUGUUAAGCAGUAUCCUCUCUUGUACCACCAUUGUGUUGAACAUUAUAACCAUCUACGCGAUUAGAAAAACUUCCUUGUUAUCCAAUACUUUAAAAACAUUUCUUCUGAGUCUUGCUGUUUCUGAUGUUGGUGUAGGUUUGGUUGUCCAGCCGUUUUUCACUUCAAUUUUGGUCAGAGUUUUACAGCAUAGCAUCCCAGGUUGUCCUACUUACAGGGCAUUCGAUGUCAUAUCGCACGUUUUUUCCGGUGCCUCGUUUUUUGGUGUCAUAGCCUUAAGCGUAGACAGGUUCUUAGCUAUUCAUAUUCAUCUCAGAUACCAGGAACUUGUGACUCACAGGCGUGUUAUUGCCGUGGUCAUGUCGAUGUGGCUGCUUAGUUUCUUCAUUGCUUUUUCGAUCUUGUGGGUCCCUAAUACCAUCCGUUUUAUUUCUGUAAGCUUUGUCGGAAUUGGUUGUGUUCUACUGACAAAAAUUGCGUACUCUAGGAUUUAUUUCUCUCUAAGACGCCACAAGAAUCAGAUACAGUCCUUGCAAGUACAGGAAGCGCAUGAAGAACAAAUUCAACGGGUUGGUGAAAUGACAUAUUUGACAAGCCUUAUCAGGACUGCGGUUGGUGUCUAUUACGUGUACGUUGUAUUUUUGAUUUGCUAUUUGCCGUUUGUUGCUUAUGUAGUUGGUAUUGCUAUUUGUGGACCGACUAUUGCUCUUAAGAGACUUAAUCUUUUCUCAUCGAUUUUUGUAUUUCUAAAUUCAUCUCUGAACCCUGUUAUUUACUGCUGGAAGAUGAGACACGUUCGAAACACUAUCAUAAACUUACUGCGGAACAUUACAACAUCAAGCCGCGCGUCAGUGGCGCGUUCAUAAUUUUUUCCUGCGGAUAAAAUGACUGGGACAGUUCAAAAGUAAACACCGUGAGAUGAAUUUUCUUCUCAGUAAAAUUCAACCGAAUAAUAUUUACUUUGGUGAAGAUUGUAACCAUGGUAGACAAUCAUUUUAAAAUGCCGUAUUUACCCAACAAUAAACUCUUGCCAUUUGUUUAAAUCCCUAAUUAGAAAACGUUAAACUACCUUAUGUGUGUUACACCAUGUAUCCGCUCAUACAGUGCUGACCACUGUCCCGUGUGCUCAAACAGGUACCUAUGGAAGUUCCGAACUGUUAAACUGACGUCUUCAGUAAAUUGUUGCUACAAGAUCUCGUAGUUCCAUUUCAUGUUAGCCUUCUGCACUUACUCUGUAGGUUUAGUACACACUUUUCUUGAAAGAUGAGCUAUGUUUUUGUCGACAUUAUAGGGCAACAAAAAAGUAAACUAGACCAGACACAGAACAAUGUUCGUCACACUCAUUGUAGUUUUGCUUUUAAAACUUAGGAAAUUUGAACAGUGAAUUCUUAAGACAAGAAUUUAAGAGUUAACUAAAUUAAUUUUCCACUAUAGGCCAGUGUUUUUUGAACCUUAUUCUUUUACUGUUUCGGGUUAAGAAAUUUUGCCCCUCCUUGCAAGUUUGACUAACGUGUCAUAUUAAAUAGACCAGCUCUACUCCAUGCGCGAGGGAAGUGGCACUAGGUAUCCAAAGGAAAUGCGCAAGUGGCCAUCGUAUUUCGUGGAUUGACUAUACAGGACCAGUCAACUCCCACCAAUCUUUAGUGACCAUAAUCGCGUGAGUAGAUAUGACGGUGGAACAUUUUACUUACAAGUUGGAUACAGACAGACAGACAGCAGUUGUGUUACUGAUGUCCGAAAGUUAAACAAUCUAAAUCGCGUCGGUUUUAUCAUUGUUCUUCCACGACUUCUUGGAACUAUCAUCUAUCCUCUGAUAAGUAGUUUCCCCUUUUUACAUCCUGAAAAUGUUUAACAAUUUUGACGGCUUUGUAGCAAAAGUGGCUCUUUGAAAAGCAUGUUUCAGUUCAAGACAACUGUUGCUCGUGAUCUUCUCUAAUGGACGCCAUCUUAAAUCCUCUUCAAUAACAUUUAUGACAACCUUUCAUUCAAAUUGUUAAUAAGACAGAUAAAGGCCAAUGUUCAAUUAAACUAUUUUCUUGUUUAUCUGUUGAAAACAAAUACUUUAAAUUGUUCAUGCACCCUAGGUGAAUUCUUUGAGUUUACUCGGCAGUCGAUAAUUCUGUUAGUGACACUUAGCGGGGGUUUUUUUGUGGCUACUGCCUCCUACAGGAGGCGAAGAUGUUGAGAUGAGUGAGUGAGUGAGUGUAACAAUAGAAUUCUGAUCUUGAUUCAAGUUUGAUCCGGUGUUUCUCAGUGCUAUUUAUUGUUUAUUUACGAGUACCUUAGUAGUUCGACAUUCGCACUUGAUACACAAUUGAAUUCUGCCCUUUUGUGAUUUCUGGCUUAUAGCCACCAAAGCAUUGUUUUCAGUUCUUGCCGUGACACUACGGAAGACAGCACAAGACAAUGAACAUCUCACAAUCAUUUCAGGAUUGUGGCGAUUAAAAAUAAAAGUUUCCCUAGCAGAAAUAUCCUAAUAGGUGUGAUCGGCGCAUCAUGAAACUCGGAGAAAAUUUUUUUCAUUUUAAUAGAGAGCAGUUUACUGUUUAAAUCAGUGAAAUUGGUGAAUUUCCUUUACAGAUAAUCGAAAUGCAGGAGUUUCUGGUUAAGUUACCAAAUAGUUGUGUCUGUAAUUCAAUAAUGCGAUGCGAAACUUUUAGAUGAGAGCUAUUUAAAAGAAUAUUUCUAUGUUUCGGUUUUUUCCGAAGUUGACACAGAUGUUAAACUGAUAGUACCAUAAAGGGGUAAGUUUCUAAAGAAACUGUGGUGCUGCGUCGGUGGGAGAGUAUAGCAGGUAAUUUAGUGUUAACAACUGGGUUGAAAACGUAAAUUAGCCACCGUAAAGGGUAAAAAAGCUGACGUUUCGAGCGUUAGCCCUUCGUCAGAGCGAUCGCUCUGACGAAGGGCUAACGCUCGAAACGUCAGCUUUUUUACCCUUUACGGUGGCUAAUUUACGUUUUCAACCCAGUUGUUAACACUAAAUUACCCGAUAGUAUCAUAGGCUACUUUUGAUAUUUUAAAUUUGGGCUCAACAGUGAGGCUUUAAGGACACAUUUAAAUGUGGUGCCGGAUAUGGUUAUAUCAGUUAUAUGUAUAGUUAUAUAGUUAUAUCAGUUAUUUUUUCCGGAAGACUUGGAGUAAGAGAAAUCGGAUUAAUCGAAACUGAAUUGUAUUGGCACAACACAAGCUUUUCAGCGCCAACUCACGUCAAUAAUCUUUCAUUUUAAUGCAAAUUCGAAAAUUUGUGAUAUAUAUCAUAUUUAAUGUUUGGACAAGUACAUUUCUGUUUUUCACCUGCCUGUCCACAACGACAAGGAUUAUCCUUGCUCAGUCAAUGCUGACUCCACAAGCUCACAUCAUGAAUGACUCAAAUUGCGAAGUUUGGAUGUAUUCUUUCGCUAAGACCACAGAACCCAAAGUUCUUCGUUUCACUUACAUCUUAAAUUGUACUUUGAAUAUUUUCUUGUCCCUUAGCGCGAUUUUGCUGAAUGCUGUGACGAUGUACGCGAUGCAAAAAACGCCCUCGUUGCCAAAGACUUUAAAGAAUUUGAAGACACUGCUGUUGAGCCUGGCUGUUUCUGAUGUUGGUGUUGGUUUGCUUGUUCAGCCAUUUUACUCGUCACUGCUGAUCAAGUGCUUGCAAAGAAACAUUCCCAGCUGUAACACGUUUAACGUGUUUGGAAUAAUUUGUGGCUCGUUUUCUGUAGCUUCAUUCUUAGGUAUCGUGGCUGUAAGUGUGGACAGAUUCUUGGCUAUUCAUCUUCAUCUCAGAUACCAGGAACUUGUGACUCACAAGCGCGUUGUCGUGGUAGUGAUCUCAAUAUGGCUGCUUAGCGCAUCUGGUUCUUCGAUGCAUCUUUGGGUUUCAUCCUUAGUUCAGGCGUUAUGUUAUAUAGUAAUUGUUAUUUUGUCUGUUCUUAUCACGGCAUUGGUUUAUAUCAGAAUUUAUUUAACUGUUCGACUCCAUAAGAAGAAAAUGCAGGCUCUUAAAGGACAGCUAAAACAAGAACACAGAAGUGAAAUGGAAAAUGUUGCUUCCGUUGUUAAAUCUGCGGUCGGUAUAUUCUACGUGUAUCUCGUAUUUCUAGCUUGCUAUUUGCCUAUCACUGUUCAUUUAGCCAUCGCAGAGAUGACCACAACCACGAAUAACGCAAUGAAGAGAUUUUACCUGUACUCAUAUACUGUCGUGUUUCUGAAUUCAUCUCUGAACCCAGUAGUUUACUGCUUAAAGAUGAGACACGUUAGGUGCGCUGUCAAAGACAUACUUGGGAAGAUGUCUUAAUACUGAAACCGCGUAUUACACUUAUCUUAGAACCAGUUUAUCAGUUUCUAAAGUUUUGAUGAUUGAGAAAAUUUGAUUAUCAAGGGCCGCUUGAUAAUUGGAAUCUGGAAUUUCAACCAAAGUUUCAGUGAUAGAAGCGAAGUUUUGAUGUGCCUACUAAUGAAUGGUGUAUGAAACCAAUCAUAUGCAAAGCUAAAGAAAUUUUAUUCACUAAUUCGCGCUUUCUCGCGCUUCUUGCGGUUUGCUUGUUUCUGAAAGUUUUCAUCGUUCUGUUCGGUCGUUGUGAUUACCUAGUUUUAAUAUGACGUAACUCAAUCGUAUAUAAUGCAAUCUUUCUCUGACUGUUAAAGUAUAACGGAAGUAGUAUGAUCUAGUUUUACUUCUGAUAUCUUGAAGAAAAUACCCGUUUGAUGUCAAUAACUUUUUCAUUUUCACUUUACAUUAUCGGUUAUUUUUUUAAUUCUGUUAUCAAAUGAGUGAACGAGUUGUAAUUGUUUUUUUUUUUAAUAUUUCUUGAUCUUUCGUUGUCUUGGCAACUCGCAAAUGCGGGACGAAUGUAAUGGUAAUUAGGGUGGGCCUGAAUUACACACGAUUGGAUCGUUGUGCCGUGUAAAUCACGUGAUGGUCAGAAUACACCUGUCAAGAGCUGUCAAAAUAAACUAGAAGAACAUAUCAUUAGCAAUAUCUCUCGAAAAGCAUUUCCAAUCAACUAUCUUUUCUUCUGAAGGAAAUUUCUUAUAAAAUACACAGAAGAAAAACUAAGCUUUGGAAAUUAGGUACCGCUCCUGUGACUCAUCGCUCGUGUGAUCAUUUUUAGUUAUGCCAGUGGUAUUUUAACAUAAUGACACGAGCUUGAGCAUGGCUGUUUGACGAGAUAUUAUUAAAUAAUUAUGUAUGAACAAGAAUUUAUGGUAAUUAUGACCUUCUCUCUUGAUGUACUGUAUUAUUGAUGUGAGAGCUCAAAGCCAGGAAGUCUUCACUAUUUUUCGCUUUUUUCAGAUUACCAUAGUUAAAAUGUGUUCUGUAACAUAAUAAGAUUGAAAUAAAAUAGAUAUUUAACUGUUAGCAAAUCGAAAAUAUGGAAAUGUUUUGUUAGUUUGGCAAAUACAAUCCUGUGUUAAUCGCACUUUCAUUACUGAUCCAAUUCAUUAAGGACUUAAUUGAGAGUUUUACAGACCCAAAAUUUGAACUUAUUCCCACGAUACUUGACGAUGUCGAGCAAACACCAGACAGAGGAAACAUCUGGAUUUGAAUGCACGGGAAUUCUAAAUCGCCGACAUGUAUUUCUUUAUUUCGACUCUGUAGCACCUUGUAGCGUAAUACGAGUAAUAUGCAUCAUUUCCAGCCAUAUUUCAUAAUUAAUUGGCCAAACUAUUAUUUAACUUUUUUUUUCUGUAAUUCCAUAUGACACCUUUGUCCGCUAAUCAACUACUACUUACGUCUUCCUUUUGUCCAGCGACAUCAGCAAUUGAAAGAACUCGUCUGAAUUUGACGUUGCACUUCAGCUGUGACAUCCUAGAAUAGAAUAUCUUCAAGAUAACUCACACCUUUCUUCGAGAGUGACCAUAGCGGUGCUACAGCGAUCCGGUGGAACCGAAGGAAGAAACAAUUUUGCUCACGAAUCGCGUCGAUAAUCAUGGACGAAGUGUAUUGUGACGAGUUACUUCAGCAUUAUCCCUCGUUCUCGGACUUUCAAGAUUUGCGUUUCACGUAUAUCUGCAAUUGUGUCUUCAACAUUUUACUCGCUCAAAACACCAUCGUGUCGAACAUGUUAGCGAUUUUCGCGAUACGAAGAUGUUCGUCGUUACCACAGACUUUAAAAACGUUCCUUCUGAGUCUUUCUGCUUCUGAUGUUGGUGUUGGUUUGGUUGUUCAACCAAUUUACAUUUCCCUUCUUAUCAACUGGUUGCAACAGAAUGAUUCUAACUGUAUCAUCGCAAUGGUUUAUCAAAUGUGCGGUACUUUUUUCUCGCUUACUUCGUUCCUAGGUGUUCUGGCUAUAAGUGUGGACAGGUUCUUAGCUAUUCAUCUUCAUCUCAGAUAUAAGGAACUUGUGACUCACAGGCGUGUUGUUGCUGUGGUUGUAUCCAUUUGGCUGUUUAGCGCUGUUUGUUUUAUACUUACAUUUUGGAACCUACACCAAGAUCGAAGGCUAUUUCGUAUGACAGGUGGAGUUUUUUGUCUUAUUAUCGCAACGUUUGUUUACAUCAGGGUUUAUUUGGUCGCACGACGACACAAAAAUGAGAUUCAGUCUCUGCAUAUACACCAAGCACAACAUAGAAGCUCAGUGGCAAAUUUUACUCGCCUCAUCAAUUCUGCCACCGUCACAUUUUAUGUGUAUCUUGUGUUUUUAGUUUGUUAUUUGCCACUGUUUAUCUGCCUCGCAGCCAUUCGCGUAAACAACGCGAGCAUCAAUUUAAAGAAACUUUUUCUUUUCUCUUUGACUCUGUUGUAUCUUAAUUCAUCCCUGAAUCCUGUAAUUUACUGCUGGAAGAUGCGACACAUUCGACGUGCUAUCAUGGACGUUAUACGGAACUUGCUGUUGCGGAGAAAUCGCAUAUCACGUUGGUCCUAA